UCCAAGGAAGAAGAGCGCAGAAAAACUACUUCAGCUUCUACCAAAAAUAUAAAACUGCUUUUGCUCUCUCCGUUCUCGUGUUUCUCUGGGAAUGCAGAGAGAUGAGAGGACCUGCGCUGACCAAAUCUGAAGUAGGUGGGCCCACCAAGCGAAGAAUCGGCGGCAGAAAUUGCCACCGGAAACACGUCGAAGACGGGUGAACCUCAGGCAACCCACUCCGUUUCUUCGUUUCGACUUUCGAUCUGUUUGUAAUUCCGCUCAUCUGUAAAUAUACCCAGUUCAGAUUUCGCACUUGUAAUUUCUACUGAGGUUUGAUCUCUCCUUGAUCGAUAAACAUGGGAGAGAAAGCCAAAGAUUCUUGUCAUUCUUCGUUGCUUCACGGUAAGUACGAGCUCGGUCGUCUUCUGGGUCACGGCACUUUCGCCAAGGUCUACCAUGCCAAGAACUUGCAGAGCGGGGGAAGCGUGGCUCUGAAAGUGGUGGGCAAAGAGAAAGUGAUCAAAGUAGGCAUGAUGGAGCAAAUCAAGAGGGAGAUUUCUGUGAUGAAGAUGGUGGAGCAUCCCAACAUCGUUGAGCUUUAUGAGGUAAUGGCCAGCAAAUCCAAGAUCUACAUCGCCAUGGAGCUCGUUCGAGGCGGCGAGCUCUUCAACAAGAUCUCCAAAGGCCGCCUGAGGGAAGACGUGGCUCGAGUCUAUUUCCAGCAGUUGAUCUCCGCCAUUGAUUUCUGCCACAGUCGCGGCGUUUACCACCGCGAUCUCAAGCCGGAGAAUCUACUUCUCGACGAAGAUGGGAAUUUGAAGGUCACUGAUUUUGGCCUCAGCACUUUUGCUGAGCACUUGCGGCAAGAUGGGUUGCUUCACACCACUUGUGGUACGCCGGCGUACGUGGCACCGGAGGUAAUCGGAAGGAAAGGCUACGACGGCGCUAAGUCCGAUAUCUGGUCUUGUGGGGUUAUCCUCUAUGUGCUUCUUGCCGGAUUCUUGCCCUUCCAGGAUGACAACUUGAUGGCUAUGUACCGGAAAAUCUACAGGGGAGACUUCAAAUGCCCUCCAUGGUUCUCCUCCGACGCUCGCCGGCUGAUAACAAAGCUUCUUGACCCGAACUCGAGUACCCGAAUCACUAUUUCCAAAAUCAUGGACUCACCCUGGUUCAAAAAAUCCAUUCCCAAGAGCGUGGUGACGAAGGAGGAACAGGAAUUCGGCUUCGAUUGUGACAAAUCAAACCAGCAAGCGCCGGCGACAAUGAACGCGUUUCACAUAAUAUCAUUGUCGGAGGGGUUCGAUUUAUCUCCAUUAUUCGAAGAGAAGAAGAGGGAGGAGAAGGAGGAGCUGAGAUUCGUGACAACGAGGCCGGCGAGCAGCGUGAUAUCGAAGCUAGAAGAGGUGGCGAAAGCCGAGAGGUUCAACGUGAAGAAGAGCGAUACAAGAGUGAGGUUGCAGAAACAAGAAUGCGGAAGAAAGGGGAAGCUGGCGAUUGCGGCUGAUAUAUACGCCGUGACGCCGUCGUUUCUGGUCGUGGAGGUGAAGAAGGACAACGGCGAUACCUUAGAAUACAAUCAAUUCUGCAGCAAAGAGCUCCGGCCUGCGCUUAAAGACAUCGUGUGGACCUCGCCGGCGGAAAACCCCAGUGCUGCUUGAUGUCGUUUUAUGUGAUUGAGUGAUGUCGUUUUUUACGUUCUUCGUCGUUUUCUUCCUUUAGUUAUUGUUAUUCUUGGUUCAUAGGAAUCAUUUGGGUUAUUGCUUUGAUUUGAAUGUUGUGUUGUGAAGAUCUCUUCUCUUGUGCCUUUUAAAUUGUGUCAUCCCUAAACGGAAUUGUUUGAGGGUUGGAAUGAGAGAAAAAUAUUGCCUUGUAAUGUUAUUAUGUUUGUGGGAUUGUGCAAACUGCGAAGUGAAUUUGUUUUGUUUGGUGUUUA